CCUCCUCUCCCUCCCCUCCUCUCCAUCUCCUCUCCCUCUCCUCCUCUCCCUCCUCUCCUCCUCUCCCUCCCCUGCUCUCUGUUCUAGAUCUCACCCCCUGCUGUGGAUCUCACCCCCUGCUGUGGAUCUCACCCCCUGCUGUGGAUCUCACCCCCUGCUGUGGAUCUCACUCACUGCUGUGGAUCUAACCAUGCUUCAGAUCUCACCCCCUGCUUUGGAUCUGAUCCUCUGCUGUGGAUCUCACCCCCUGCUUUGGAUCUCAUCCUCUGCUGUGGAUCUCACCCCCUGAGUGGAACUCACCCCCUGAUGUGGGUCUCUUCUUCUGCUGUGGAUCUCACACCCUGCUGUGGAUCUCACCUUCUGCUGUAGAUCUCACCCCCUGAUGUGGGUCUCACCUCCUGCUGUGGAUCUCACCUUCUGCUGUGGAUCUCACCCCCUGAUGUGGGUCUCACCUCCUGCUGUGGAUCUCACCUUCUGCUGUGGAUCUCACCCCCUGAUGUGGGUCUCACCUCCUGCUGUGGAUCUCACCUUCUGCUGUGGAUCUCACCCCCUGAUGUGGGUCUCACCUUCUGCUGUGGAUCUCACCUUCUGCUGUGGAUCUCACCCCCUGAUGUGGGUCUCACCUUCUGCUGUGGAUCUCAACUUCUGCUGAGGAUCUCACCCCCUGAUGUGGAUCUCACCUUCUGCUAUGGAUCUCACCCCCUGGUGUGGGUCUCACCUCCUGCUGUGGAUCUCACCUUCAGCUGUGGAUCUCACCCCCUGCUGUGGAUCUCACCUUCUGCUGUGGAUCUCACCCCCUGCUGUGGAUCUCACCUCCUGCUGUGGAUCUCACCUCCUGCUGUGGAUCUCACCCCCUGAUGUGGAUCUCACCCCCUGCCUUGGAUCUCACCUCCUGCUGUGGAUCUCACCUUCUGCUGUGGAUCUCACCCCCUGCUGUGGAUCUCACCCCCUGCUGUGGAUCUCACCCCCUGUUGUGGAUCUCACCUUCUGCUGUGGAUCUCACCCCCUGCUGUGGAUCUCACUUUCUGCUGUGGAUCUCAUCCCCUGCUGUGGAUCUCACCUCCUGCUGUGGGUCUCACCUUCUACUGUGGACCUCACCCCCUGCUGUGGAUCUCACCUCCUGCUCUGGAUCUCACCCCCUGAUGUGGAUCUCACCCCCUGCUGUGGAUCUCACCUUCUGCUGUGGAUCUCACCUUCUGCUGUGGAUCUCACCCCCUCCUUUGGAUCUCACCCCCUGCUGUGGAUCUCUCCCCCUGAUAUGGAUCUCACCCCCUGCUGUGGAUCUCACCUUCUGCUGUGGAUCUCACCUCCUGCUGUGGAUCUCACCUUCUGCUCUGGAUCUCAUCCUCUGAUGUGGGUCUCAUCUUCUGCUGUGGAUCUCACCUUCUGCUGUGGAUAUCACCCCCUGAUGUGGAUCUCACCUCCUUCUGUGGAUCUCACUCCCUGCUGUGGAUCUCACCCCCUGCUGUGGGUCUCACCCCCUGCUGUGGAUCUCACCCCCUGCUGUGGAUCUCACCCCCUGUUGUGGAUCUCACCUUCUGCUGUGGAUCUCACCCCCUGCUGUGGAUCUCACUUUCUGCUGUGGAUCUCACCCCCUGCUGUGGAUCUCACCUCCUGCUGUGGGUCUCACCUUCUACUGUGGACCUCACCCCCUGCUGUGGAUCUCACCUCCUGCUCUGGAUCUCACCCCCUGAUGUGGAUCUCACCCCCUGCUGUGGAUCUCACCUUCUGCUGUGGAUCUCACCCCCUCCUUUGGAUCUCACCCCCUGCUGUGGAUCUCACCUUCUGCUGUGGAUCUCACCUCCUGCUGUGGAUCUCACCUUCUGCUGUGGAUCUCACCCCCUGCUGUGGAUCUCACCUUCUGCUGUGGAUCUCAUCCCCUGUUGUGGGUCUCAUCUUCUGCUGUGGAUCUCACCUUCUGCUGUGGAUAUCACCCCCUGAUGUGGAUCUCACCUCCUUCUGUGGAUCUCACUCCCUGCUGUGGAUCUCACCCCCUGCUGUGGAUCUCACCUCUUGCCUUGGGUCUCACCUUCUGCUGUGGAUCUCACUCAUUGCUGUGGAUCUCACCCCCUGCUGUGGGUCUCACCCCAUGCGGUGGAUCUCACCCCCUGCUGUGGAUCUCACCUCCUGCUCUGGAUCUCACCUUCUCCUGUGGAUCUCACCUCCUGCUGUGGGUCUCACCUCCUGCUGUGGGUCUCACCUCCUGCUGUGGAUCUCACCCCCUGCUGUGGAUCUCACCCCCUGCUGUGGGUCUCACCCCCUGCUGUGGAUCUCACCUCCUGCUGUGGGUCUCACCCCCUGCUGUGGAUCUCUCUUUUGGCGAGCCAGCCAGGAGAACUCCUGUAACCCCAUCCGGAUCCCUGCCCGAGGAACUCCCGACAUCACUGGGAGACUCAUUUGCAUGCUUUGCAAUUGGUCCAGAACGAGGUCUGGAAGCCUCUAGCCGCAGCAUACAAAGAGGAACUUAAAACCCCCUUGCUGCCACAUCCCUUCAAGGUCGGAGACACCGUCUGGGUACGCAGGCACCAGAGCAAGAACCUCGAACCGCGGUGGAAAGGACCCUACACCAUUCUGCUGACCACUCCCACUGCAAUCAAAGUGGACGGCAUCACCGCUUGGAUCCACGCCUCCCACGCAAAAGCUGCACAUCCACAGGAGCCCACAGAUGCCACUCCAGAGCCUGAAUGGAAAUUGCAACGCACCCAGAACCCGCUAAAGAUAAGACUUACCCGCUGUUGAUUUUUCUUGCUCUGCGCUCUAUCUUCCCCAUAUCAGUUGCUAGGCACCAACUCUAUGACCCCAAUCGGCCUAUACGCCAGGCAUGGCAUAUACUAUCGGGGGCGGGAGACAUAAUUUGGGAAAAAACAUCCACAAAGUACCCCCUCUGGGCUUGGUGGCCUAACCUAGAGCCAGAUCUUUGUCACAUACUGGCUGGGUCAGAAGACUUUGAUAUUCCAACUACUGACCCAGCUAAACCGAGUGGGCCAGAAGUAUGCAUCUCCAGCGGGCGCUGCCCUUGCUCACGCUAUCCGGCAGGAUGUAGGGACCCAAGGGCUCUGGCAGCUCUAAAAAAAAUCAUUCUAUGUAUGCCCCAGGGACGGGAGAAUUAAGUCGCAAGCACGUAAAUGUGGGCAACAUGAAAGUUAUUAUUGUAAAGCUUGGGGAUAUGAAACUACGGGGGAUGCAUACUGGAACCCUAGCUCAUCCUGGGAUUUGAUCCAAGUAAAAAGAGAAAAGCAAAAUGAGCCCCCACUCUCUACAGACUAUUGUAAAAGUACACCUGGGACAGUCAACACCUUAUGGUAUGGGGACGGGCCAUGUACCAUGUUUGCCUGCAACCCCUUAAACAUUACCUUUACUAAGGCAGGCAGAACAUCAAAAGAUUGGUUACAAGGAAGGCUAUGGGGACUACAGGUAUAUCAUCAGACUGCAUAUGACCCGGGGGUCCUAUUCAAAAUCAGGUUAACUAUAAAAGCUGACCCCCAUCCAAUAGGCCCUAAUAAGAUACUCCAAGAUCAAAAGGCUCCUCCUCCUAAAAAAAAUAUAAACAGGCACCCUCAAGGCCAACGUCCCCAUCUAAUACCAUCCGUCCAACCCCCUCCACUCCUCCGACCGUGCCAGUUGUCACUAAUCCCACUUUACCAGGGUCAGGAGAAAGACUAAUGGACCUAGUUGAAGGGGGAUACCAAGCCCUCAAUUCCACCGAGCCCAAUCUCACUGAGUCCUGCUGGAUUUGCCUCCAGGCAAGGCCCCCCCCUACUAUGAAGGAGUAGCUAAAAGAGCUCUGUGCACGUACUGCAACCGUGUCAUCCUCUGACACAUCCAGCUACUUAGUGCCUCCAACAGGACUCUACUGGGCAUGUAACACUGGGAUUACACCCUGUGUUGCGAUAGCCAAUUUCAAUCAGUCUAAAGAUUUUUGUGUGUUAGUCCAGAUCUAUCCACGGCUACUCUAUUAUUCCACAGAAGAAUUUGAGGGCCCUCGACAGCUAGGGAUUCUGGAGACUGCAAUCCAACAAGACCUAAGAGCAAUAGAAACCUCUGUAACUGCUUUAGAAAAAUCCCUAACCUCCCUAUCAGAGGUUGUUUUGCAGAAUAGACGAGGUCUGGACCUAUUAUUCUUGAAGGAAGGAGGACUUUGUGUGGCCUUAAAGGAAAACUGUUGCUUUUACACAGAUCACACAGGGGUAGUAAGGGAGUCUAUGACAAAGCUUAGAGAAAGACUGGAUGCAAGGGAAAAAUCCCUGUGAGGCUCCCAAAGUUGGUUUGAAAGCUGGUAUAAUAAAUCCCCUUGGCUAACUACUAUAUUAUCUACUGUAGCUGGCCCCUUGAUUAUAUUACUGUUAAUUUUAACAUUUGGACCCUGCAUAUUUAACAAAUUAAUGCAAUUUAUGAAAGAAAGACUGUCCGUAAUCCAAACUAUGGUCCUCACGCAGCAAUAUCAAGUACUCCAACAACACGCCGAGCCAUCAGCUGAGCAAAUGCUGAAUUCUGAGCAGAUAGAUCAAUGGAUAUAGGAUUAUAUCCCGGAUAAAGAAAAGGGGGGAAUGAAGGACCUCAGGCCCCAGGCCCAACAUUAGGAAAUCUAACCCCUGUGCCCUGAAGCUGCAGGAUGCUCCCUUACACAACCCCCAUGUCAAGACCCCUCCAGCAGCACGUAGCAUUUCGAGUCCUGCACAAUGCUACCACAAGAUGCUCCAUAUAGAUAACCCUAACGGUCAAACUUGAGGAUGCAGGUUUAAAAACAGGAACCAAAAGGACAGGAUGCAGGUUUAAAAAAACAGGAACUAAAAAGACAGGAUGCAAUUCUAUGGUUUUCCUGAGAACAAAAAGUUGAAAAACAAGUUUACCCCCCAGGUGACCUAACGACUGGAUUCAGAGAAACCAAUAGAAUAACUGUUACCGUGCUAAGCUAAAAACUAACCCCCUGCUCCCUAUAAAAGAUCUGUGCCCUAGAGCCCGGUGUGCCAGUUCACCGAAGCUCCGGCUGAGGUUUCGCUGAGCACCCGCAGGCGCCUGUGUAUCAAUAAAUCGCCUCUUGCCUUUGCA